AUGAUCCUCCUCUUCCUCCUCGUCAUCACCGUCUUCGCCCUCAGGCUCAUACUCACUUCCCGACUCCAUCUCUUCAUCCUCACCCUCCAAUAUAUCCUCAUCCUCUUCGCCCCCAGACGCACCCUCCAUCAAAUCUUCAUCCACCUCUUCCUCUUCCCCACCGCCAACAUACUCCCAACUAACCUCGAACCCACUCGCGCGAUGCAUCUCAAUCGCAAACUCCCCUGA